CGCACUGCUCGCAAGCACGGCACUCGGCUCGGGCCCGAGGGCGCUCGGCUACGCGACUUCGGCCGCGAGCUGGUGGGGGAUGUUCGGCCCGAGCGAGCGGUCUGAUCAAACUCCAGGUUCUCCUUCGGGCCGCUUGUGUCACCCCUCCUGCGCCGUCCGAGUGCGCAGUCGUUCUCUGCGUUGUCUAGAUUCUUUGUGCCAUUCUUGGCAUACCAAACUCGGACUCGGUGCUCAUAUUUACGGACCAAAUAGCAGCCUAAUUUCGCCGAAAGUCGCCUGUAAGGUGUUCAACCGUUUGUCUGGUAGGCCGCUGACCUCGCUGACCCACACUCGGGCGGGGCGGGACCGGGGGCGUCGCGCGCGCACUGCUUCUUGCUCCAGUCACAUCGAGAGACCGCUCGGGCCACCGCGGGGGCCGGGCACUCCACGCUAGGCCGCCACGAUUGCCUCACCGUGGACGCCGUUGUCCGGGCCCGGGGACGCCGACAAGGGCCUGGACUUGGAUGUCGGCGACUGCGAUGACGACAAGGACCUCGCC